CACAUAGCUGUCGGCCAUGGGCAGGAAGUUGGAUCCCACCAAUAAAGUUAAGCGAGGGCCAGGACGAAAGGCCAGGAAGCAGAAGGGGGCAGAGACCGAGCUCGUCAAGUUCCUAGCGGAUGAGGAGACUGGGCCGAAAAGACUAUCAAGCAGAGCAAGGAAACGUGCAGCGAAGAGAAGUCAAGCCUCUAACCAACAUAAAGAAGAGGCUGAAACAGAGCAGGCAAAAAAAGGGUUCACAGAUGAGAACAGCGAGUGGUUGAAACCAGCCAAGCGUAAGCGACCUGUUGACGAAUCAGAAGGAGAGGAUGACAGUGACACUGAUUGGGAGGAGGAGGAAGAUUUGGAAGAGGGGGAGGGAGCAGAAAUGGAACAAGGAGAUGGCAAUGAAGACGAAGAUGAUGAUGAUGAUGAUGAUGAAAUGGUUGACGACUAUGGAGCAAUGGAAGACAGCAGUGAAGGAGAAGAGGAUGAUGGGGAAGCAGGCAGUGAUGGAGAGGAGCUGCUCCCCAUUGAGCGUGCUGCCAGGAAGCAGAAGAAGCUGCAGGAGGCCAUGGAGGAGGACAGCGAAGAGGAAGAGGAAGACGAGGAGGAGGAGGAGAGCGGGGAUGAACAUGCAGACGCUGAUGAAGAUGAUACUGUACAGGCCAAUAUUGAUGAGGUGGACAGGUUCAAGCUGCCAGGAGCUGAGGAGAGAGAGAAAGAGGGACUCCUGCCUUUAGAUCUGAAGUCCAUCUACCAGCGAAUAAAGGACAACGUGGAUGUCCUGUCCAACUUCGCCAGCAAAAGAGAAGAGGGGAAGGAGAGGGGAGAGUAUCUUUCCCUUCUGAAAAAGGACCUGUGCACAUACUACAGCUAUAACGCCUUCCUCAUUGAGAAACUGCUAGACAUCUUUCCAGUGUCUGAGUUGAUUGAUUUCCUGGAGGCCAAUGAGAUUCAGCGACCAGUUACCAUUCGAACGAACACCCUCAAGACCAGGAGGCGGGACUUGGCACAGGCUCUGAUCAACAGAGGAGUGAAUCUUGACCCUUUAGGAAAGUGGUCAAAAGUGGGUCUGGUCAUCUUUGACUCCUCGGUGCCUAUAGGUGCAACACCGGAGUACCUUGCUGGCCAUUACAUGCUGCAGGGAGCCUCUAGCCUGUUACCUGUAAUGGCGCUCUCUCCCCAGGAGGGGGAGUCUGUGCUGGACAUGAGUUCUGCACCAGGGGGCAAGACCACAUAUAUGGCUCAGCUCAUGAGGAAUACGGGCGUAAUUGUGGCUAAUGACGCAAGUGCGGACAGACUGAAGAGUGUGGUGGGUAACAUCCAUCGCCUGGGUGUCACCAACACAGUCAUCUGCAAUUACGACGGCAGGCAGUUCCCCAAGGUGAUGGGCGGGUUUGAUCGUGUACUGUUGGACGCUCCAUGCUCUGGAACUGGGGUCAUAUCUAAAGAUCCGGCUGUGAAAACCAGUAAGGAUGAGGCCGAUAUCCAACGCUCUGCUCACUUACAGAAAGAGCUCAUUCUUUCAGCCAUUGACUCUCUCAAUGCAGAGUCUGCGACAGGAGGUUAUUUGGUCUAUUGCACCUGUUCCAUCAUGGUGGAAGAGAAUGAGUGGGUGGUCGACUAUGCUCUGAAGAAGAGGAAUGUCAAAUUGGUGCCCACUGGCUUGGACUUUGGGAAGGAGGGGUUCACAAGGUUCAAAGAACGCCGGUUCCAUCCCUCACUUCGCCUUGCAAGACGAUUCUACCCCCAUUCCCACAACAUGGAUGGUUUCUUUGUGGCAAAACUGAAGAAAUUCUCCAACACAGUCCCAACCACACCUGCUGGUCAGAAUGCAGAAGAAGACAAAGUACCCGCGGAGACAGAAACACCUGCUCCCUCUAAACAGAGCCCUACAAAACCAGAGCCAAAGGUCAAGGCCAAGAAACAGCCCCCUGUCAAAGGAGACGUUUCAAAGGAGAAAAUAGAAAGUAACGGAAAUGUUGCAAAAACCGUCACCAAAAAACCUGCAGCUGUCUUAAAAGAGAAAAAAGAUAAACGGAAGAAGCCCAAGGUUGCCAAGGAAGGUGAAGGAGAGGCAAAAGAAGCUGUAGUAGAGGAGAAAAAGGAGGGGAGCAAGUUUGAGAAGAAAGCAGGUAAAAAGAUGAGAAAAAAUCCCAUGAAGAAAAAGAAUAGAAUGGGGAAGAAUAAGUUCAAGAAGUUUAAGAAGAUGAUGCAGAAAGAUGUUUGAGAAGGAGGUGUGACCACGAAAUGUAUCAGGAUAGAGGUGGAGCUGGAGAGCGAGAAAAAGAGCAUGGAUCUCUACCAAACCAGGGGUAGAGAGCGGCAGAAGAGAACGACCAGACUGCACUGGACGUUUCAGCAGUGUUUCCAUGGACAUAUUUUUAAAGCCUACAAUCCAUAACAAUACA